GGACCCUUCAGUACCUCCCUGUUCUUCGUGGGUGUCCUGUUUGGAUCCUUCGUAUCAGGACAGCUCUCAGACAAGUAAAGUUUGGCAGGAAGAAGGUUCUGUUCAUAACUCUGGGAAUGCAGACGAGCUUCAGCUUCGUGCAGGUCUUCUCUACCAGCUGGGAGAUGUUUUCAGUGCUCUUUGUGCUGGUUGGCAUGGGACAGAUCUCGAACUACGUGGCAGCAUUUGUUCUGGGCACUGAAAUUCUUGGCAAAUCAAUUCGUAUAAUAUUCUGCACAUUAGGUGUUUGCAUAUUUUAUGCAUUUGGCUACAUGUUGCUGCCACUGGCCGCUUACUUCCUCCGAGACUGGCGGACGCUGCUUCUUGCUCUUACUCUACCUGGGCUGCUCUGCAUUCCGCUCUGGUGGGUCAUUCCAGAAUCUCCCCGAUGGCUGAUUUCUCAGGGAAGAUUUCAAGAGGCAGAAGCCAUCAUCCGAAAGGCUGCAAAAAUGAAUGGCAUUACAGCCCCAGAUGUAAUACUUGACCCUAUUGAGAUGCAAGACUUGAAUUCCCAGAAGCAACAAGCUUACACCAUUUUGGAUCUAGUGAAAACCCAAAAUAUCCGAACUGUCACAAUUAUGUCAGUGAUUCUCUGGAUGAUAAUCUCAGUUGGCUAUUUUGGUCUUUCACUUGACACACCUAACUUGCAUGGAGACAUCUAUGUAAACUGCUUCCUCUCAGCAGUGACUGAAGUUCCAGCCUAUAUAAUUUCCUGGCUGCUGCUUCGCAAUUUCCCCCGACGAUAUUCGAUGGCUGCCGCGUUGUUCUUGGGAGGCUGUGUUCUUCUCUUCAUUCAGCUGGUGCCUGCACAUAUUCGUGCCCUAUCUAUUCUCCUGGUGAUGCUAGGAAAAUUUGGGAUCACAUCUGCCUUUUCAAUGGUUUACGUUUACACGGCUGAACUCUACCCAACGGUAGUGAGAAACAUGGGAGUUGGAGCAAGUUCCAUGGCCUCCAGGCUAGGCAGCAUCCUCUCGCCUUACUUCGCUUACCUUGGUGCCUAUGAUAGAUUCCUGCCUUACAUCCUCAUGGGGAGCCUGACUGUACUAUCAGGAAUUCUCACUUUAUUUCUGCCAGAAAGCUAUGGUAUGCCUCUCCCAGACACAACCGAGCAGAUGCUCACAGUGAAAGGACUAAAGUACAGGCCAGCGUGUAAUAGUACAAGAGUUUCAAGUGAUGAAGAAGAAAAUCCAGUGAUUUUGAAAAGCACAGCUUUCUGAUGAAACUCCUGUCUACUUCCUCAUGGACUGAAAGUUAAAUGGACUUUUAUUUCAAUAUUCCUUCUAGAAAGGGCUAGUGGCAACACUUUGCUUCCUGUAAUUUUAACUUUAUUUAUUAAUUUGAACACUGUGUUCCGUACAUUCUCUUUUUAUAUGACCGUAAAUACUGUAUGGCCUUCAAUGAGAUUUUCAGCCUUGCUUGUUUUAAUGCAUCAGUAACAUGGGACAGUAUCUGAUCAGUCCUUUGCAACCUAAGCAUAGAGUUCAGAUGAAAGAUGCUUGAAAAUUAGCUCAAAGGCUGGCAGAGUGCCUGGAUUCCUCAGUGAACCUUCUUCAGAGAUAAUGCAUAUCAAGAGUUAAAAAUUGCCAGAGAAAGCUGCUAAUUACUUUUGAUUCCUUGACUUCUGUCUUCUAGGCAGAAGGAAACUUUAUUUAUUAUAGUAAAGGUUAUGAAAACGGGUCACAUGAUAAUCUCACUCAUGUGACUUUGCACGUGCUGAACUUUUCAACCAAUUAAAGACAAUGAAAAGAAAGAUCCUCAAAAUUAAAACUUGAUAUGUUUUAACUCAGAAUGGAUUGAGAGGAUCGUCUUGUACAAAGUAUUUCUAGUACUGAAGUUUUGCAAGGUAAAUUCCACUUGUUUCCAA